AUGAAUUCAUUUCUAGUCUAUUCUUUUUUAUUAUUGGUGAUAGGUACCCAAUUGGUGGAAGCCGGAAAGUGUGCAGACUGUAUCGCCAGUGGGAAACACUGGUGUGUGACAGUCAACGAAUGCGGCUUCACUCCAUGUGUCACUUCCAUUGGGAAAGCAUUAAACUGCCCGGAACUACCUGAUAAAGCACACGCGUAUGAUGAUACUUUCGUUCGAUCAAAGAUUCUUGUGACGACGGCCGCCGCAUUCAACAGUAAUCCACAGAAAUGCUUCAAAAACGCGAUGCCCACAAUGUCUCUCUCGAAGACGUUCAGCGUCAACUGCUCAGAAGUCGGCCCUCAGACGAAUUGCUUCGGAUUCACCUCGUUCGACACGACACAGAAAGUGAUAGUGAUGUCAUUCAGAGGAACUCAAGGAGCAACUCAACUAACUGAGGAGAUUCUCGAUUUCUUCACUGGCAAGAAGCCAUUCUUCAACGACGCCGGACACAUCUUCACCUACUUCUACGACGCCUUCUUUUUCCUCUGGAACGGAGGACUCUCUCAGGAUAUUCGGAAUCUCAAGUACAAGUACCCGGACUACGAGUUAUGGGUGACUGGACACUCAUUGGGCGGAGCCAUCGCAUCGAUUGCAGCUUCUUAUGUGGUUCACACCGGAUUGUUCACUGGAGAUCAAGUUAAAUUAGUGACGAUGGGACAGCCGAGAACAGGAGACUACGAUUAUGCUGUUUGGCACGAUAAGACAUUCCCUUAUUCAUUCCGGAUUGUUCAUCAUAAGGAUAUUGUUCCACAUAUUCCACCACAAUAUGGAAAAGAUGAACUCUUCCAUCAUAGGACCGAGGUUUGGUACAACAACAACAUGACGACCACUGACACCUAUCACGUGUGUGCUGAAGCAGAUGGUCUCUACUGUAGUAACAGACAACUCGACUCCUAUCCGCCUGACCAUUUGACAUAUUUCGAUAUUAAUAUGCCCGAUUGGGGGACUCAGGGAUGUCCGAAGAUGUGA